AAUCGCACUCGUCGCCGACGCCUCUGACGCCUAACCCGCGGCCUAGGCGAGUGCAUCAUGUACUGCUGUCGUGUAGCCUUCCCUUCCCAGUCCAUCGGUGGCUUUUGCCUCAAUGCGCGGGGCUUGUCGAACAAAGAACUCAAGGUGUGUCGACGCGACCUCCCUCGCUCUCCCCACCCCUCGUAUAACUAGUCCUUUCGGCGCCGAAUGGAAGCCUUCCCCCAUCACUUCACCCCCGUCCCCAUGAAUUGGUCACUUCGACUCGAGUCAAUGUUGAAGAUGGGCUUCAUCCCCCACUCCACCUUCCACCCCGCUGAGGGCCUUGCCAAAGUCAUGGAGGAAGAUUGCAGAGCAAUGGUCCAGAUCCUCCACGCACACGGCCUUCUCUUAGACCUCCCAGAACCCACCCUCGACCGCUGCAUCGGCACACUGGAUCGAGUGGAACUCUACGCCGAUCAGAUCCGCCGACGCAGCAUGGCAGCACAUCACACCGAAUCCCUCAUGACAUCAAUAAAACAAGUAAAGCGCAUGGCCACUCUUCCAGACGGCGCGGCGAUCGCAAUGGAAUGCCUCGCCGAAGCAGCAGAGGCCUACCUGUUCAGCCUCGCGGAAGAGGGCUACGCAUUCGACAACAUCGAAGACGAAGUCGCGGAGGACGUUGUAAGACACAUGCACGACAUCACCGCCCUGAUGGACGAGCUCAUUCGAAAACACUACGCUGCCUGCACUCGGCGGCGACAAGUCUGGGAUCCGACGGAGAUACGCGAGCAGCUCGAAGCGGUGCUGCGGAACUACCUCCCCGUAGGAUCACCCGACUCCGGCUUUCAUGAUCCCCACCACGACUGCCCGCUGUUCAGAAGCUCGAUAACACUCCUUCACACUGUCGUCGGUCGACGCGCUGCCGAAGUGACAGUGGAGAAGAGUGUGGCGCACGUCCUUCCCAUCGAGGUCGUGGCAAUGAUCAAGAAUGUCGUUUGCAGUGACGAGAGGCUCAGGCUUGGCGGACAGUCAUGUACGGCAGCGAGAUGAGAGAAACUAGGCAUGCCGCGGGAGGCAAGAAGGGCUCCCGCCGGACGGUGACGCACAUUCACCUCCCGACGCGCCAGACGACU